AUGAGGUCCUUGGCAAUUGGUCACCAGUAUUCCUCCCUGGGGACUCAACCCAUCCUCUGUGGGAGCAUCCCAGGACUGGUCCCCAAACAGCUGCGCUUCUGUCGGAACUAUGUGGAGAUCAUGCCCAGCGUAGCAGAAGGGGUGAAGAUUGGGAUCCAAGAGUGCCAACACCAAUUUCGAGGGAGGAGGUGGAACUGCACAACUGUCAAUGACAGCUUAGCCAUCUUUGGACCCGUGCUAGACAAAGCUACCAGGGAAUCCGCCUUCGUCCAUGCCAUUGCCUCUGCUGGAGUGGCUUUCGCAGUGACCAGGUCCUGUGCCGAAGGCUCGGCCACCAUCUGCGGCUGUGACACUCGUCAUAAGGGCUCCCCAGGGGAAGGCUGGAAAUGGGGCGGCUGCAGCGAGGACGUGGAGUUUGGGAGCAUGGUGUCUCGGGAAUUCGCUGAUGCCAGGGAGAACAGACCAGAUGCUCGCUCAGCCAUGAACAGGCACAACAACGAAGCUGGAAGGACCUCUAUUAUUGAACUCAUGCAUCUGAAGUGCAAAUGUCACGGCCUGUCGGGCAGCUGUGAAGUGAAGACCUGCUGGUGGUCCCAGCCUGACUUCAGGGUCAUCGGGGACUAUCUGAAGGACAAGUACGACAGCGCUUCGGAAAUGGUGGUGGAAAAGCACCGGGAAUCCCGUGGCUGGGUUGAGACCCUCCGGCCCAAAUACAACUUCUUCAAGGCUCCGACUGAGAAGGACUUGGUUUACUAUGAGAACUCACCCAACUUUUGCGAGCCCAACCCUGAGACAGGUUCCUUCGGGACUCGCGACAGGAUCUGUAACGUCACUUCCCAUGGGAUUGACGGUUGUGACCUUUUGUGCUGCGGCCGCGGGCACAACACGAGGACUGAGAAACGGAAAGAGAAGUGCCACUGUAUCUUCCACUGGUGCUGCUACGUCCGCUGCCAGGAAUGCAUACGAGUCUACGAUGUCCACACGUGCAAAUAAAGCGGGCAAACCCCUUUACCGGGCUCCAAGAGGAGAAACAGAUUCGAGCCUACUUCCUCUGAGGUUGCAGACAUGAGAGAAGUCUACUUUUUUGAUAUAAAAAGAAUAAAAAAAAAAAAUUAAAGGCUAAAACUGGUUGGAUAGAAUAGGUCUAAUGACUUCUGGGCUAUCCCGAGGUACAUCUGGCAGUCACACAAGUUACGCCGCAAUGAUGCAUCCCAUAGGAGACAGCAGCUUUUUAGCUAGCCUUCAACACAGAGCUGGAAAGAAGAGCAUCAGCAAAAGCAUGGAUUGGCUCUGCUCUCGCCCACCCGAAGUGAUUUGUGUGAUUAAGUGUCCUUUGAAAGACUUGCAUCUUCCUAGAUAUCUCCUUUUUCCUCAGCCAGAGAAAGGCUGUGUUGGACAGCAGCACUAAGCUUUCUAUCUACAUACCCAAACGGCCAGACUCUGUGCAUAAGAGCAACAACAACAACAGCAAAAGAAAUAAAAGCAGAUAAGUUCAUGAUGUAAAAAAAAGGAAUUAAAUUCUCCUUUACUUUUGCCCUGGAACCAGAGAAGUCUAGAAAUAUAUGAUAGAGCUGUAGAGUGGGCAGGCUCUUCACGUGAACUUUUUAGCAUAGUAGCUUCUGCCAAAUUUGACAUAGGAUGCAGUGGCACCUAUAGAGAGGGAGGGAGGGAGAAGGCAAAGGAAAGGGAGAGAGAACUGCCAGUGGUUUCCUGCAAAUGCCUUGUUGGUGCACAGGUGAUGUGCAUUGUACAGAGAAGUUCAGUACCUGAUAUGUGAAGUGAAGAGGACUCAGCGUGUGCAUUGAGAAGGAGAUGGUCCCAUGAUGGGACAUGUUGCUCCACCUGUGUCCCAAUACGAGGCUCAGCCAAUGAGUUUUCGUUGGAGACAUGGUGCAGGGCGAUUCUCCUUGUGCUGAACUCUUGCUGCUGGGAAGAGGACACCUGACUCCUCAGCAUCCUGGCUCUCUCCAGUAGAGGAGGAAAGGGAAAAUGUCUCUCUCUCCCAGACCAUCACCGAGAGUGGAAAGUGCACUUAGUCCAUCCACUCUCCUCACCUCAUGCAGGCUGCCCCCUGGGCACUUAGCAAAACCCUUAGACCACAAGUGUGUCAGGAAUUUGACUCUGAAUGACAGUUUGUCAUCCAUGCAUUUACAUGGCAGUGAUCCAACCUUCACCCCCAAAGCUGGAGCGGUUUCAGAUUCUAGCCAAAUUUGGUUCCUCACCUAAUAUCUACAGCCAUUCCCAUCUCUAAAAGUGGCACAGAUUAAGACGUAUGGAAUCCAGACUCUGAAUCAGCCCAGAGUUUGGGCAAGGUUGGACAGAGAGCCAAAUCCCAACUGUGCAGUGUUGCCCCAUCUCUGCUGUUCGCUUCCAGCUCCCCUUCUUUAUGUGUUGCUCUACUUUUGAUUUCAGAUUGCCUGGUACAGAAAGAGCUCUCAUUUCUGAUGCAAGCAUCAAGGCUUCCUUCAACCAUGUGGGUACUGGGCCAAAAUCUCAGCCCACUGCCUUGCUAUUUAAAACACUGGAGUUGUUCCUGUUCAUUAUUGGCAUAAACAAGUGCUGAAUCAAACAUGGAGUUGUAGUCUGUUUAACUUCCAAUGUACUUGCCCCAUGUCCUCUUUGUCUUACUCAUACCUUGACUUCCUAUCUUUGGAAAAAAGACCAAGGAUUGACAUUAUUUCUUUCAGAACAGGGAGUGAAAUGCAUUGUGAUUCAUCUCGCAGUGAGCCACAAGAGUCUUUUCAUGGACAGCAAAGCAAUGUAAUUAUGACUGUUGGCUAGUUCGACCCUGGAAAUUUAUGUAGAGAAAUCAGGGUGCUCUUCUAUCCCAGAAUCUCAGCUUAUUCCCAGAACUGAAAGAGAAAACAUGCAGAAGAGGCAGGGAAUUAACAGAGCUUAAUCAGAGAGAAAACAGGAGGAAAUGAGGCCUCCAAGGGUUGACUCUGAGUCGAGGCAUCUCCUGAGAAUACUCCUUGGCUGGUGCAGUUUGUGCAUCACUGUAUGUCUCAGGGCUAUGCCCAAGGGCACAAGCAAGUUUUGCGUAUUGAUGGAGGCACUUCUAUUAAUGCUCUGCAAAAUAGCUGCAAUGAAGUGAGAGGAAAUAGAGAGGAGAGAGGGAAGGAAAGGUCAAGAGAAGCAAAGAAAGAAAUGGAAAGAGAAACAACUGAUUUGUACAUCUAAACACGACAUACAGUGGGUGGCCACACAUCAUCUGGUAGAAAGCAACAGAUGACUGGAAACUGAGAAAAAGAUGAACCAAUGAAUGGAUAGAUGGCUGAUUUUUAUAAAACAGUCUGGUGGAAAAGGAAAAUCUGAUCAUUAUAGCAAAUAGAGGGGAAGGCCAUUGCAGGGGGACAUUGCCACAGUAACAAAUAUUCAGAUACAAACUGUCAGGAAAGAAAACUCUGAAGGAAAACAUAUACAAGAUGAAAGGCAUUGAUGAAUUGUGGAGAUGGGAUAAGGGAAUAUAAGUCUGAUUUACUUAAUAUAAUGCAGUGCUAGCAGUCUCAACAAGAGAUGUUAGGCAUCUCCUGCCAGAGACUUCUAUCCAAAGAGUAAGAAUGCAAAUUGCUCCAGAUCAUGAUCUGUGUCAAACCAUUGACUUCAUCAGGAUCACACCCACAACUAAAUUUACCCUAAUAUCUUUAAGCAAGGUGCUUUCACAUUCCUUCCUGUACACCAUGCCAGUGAAGGAAUGGGACAAAGGAUCUGGCUUCCUUGCAUGGGAGUCGGAUUCUGACCCCAUGCCAUCCACAGCAUGCUAACAUUCACAGUUUCCGCAUUUGCAUCAGAACCAAGCCCAACAUCACUUGUGGGUGGAGCUCCUUGGUAAGCAUGGGGAAAAAAAUAGACAUCUGCUGAGGAAUUGCCUCUUAUGGUGAACAAAAAGAUUUGACUGUAGUAGUGGGAUCUAUUUCACCUGGCUGCGUCAAAGUCAAGCAUCUUCUCUAAACUAUCUGUCUAAUUUUCUACUAAGAUCAGUGGCAAGGCACAUACAAAUGCAGAAGGUGAUUCAUCAUAGGCUAGGAUGGUAUCUAAGCUGGGUUUGUAAACUGCCCUCUAGAUGUACCUCUGUCUUUCCGCUGACCUGAGCUGAUGAGCUCAUCCUAGAUGAUGAACUCUCAGACUGGAUACAGUCUGAUGAUGUGAAGUCCACCAUGAGUCAAAGAGGUGAAGCUACAAUCUGAUCAUCAGCUGAGAUGGGCUGGAAGCUGUACUCCUUCAUUUAAAUCUGGGGUCAGGCUCAGUGCUCGGGGACUUCCAGCCCAUUCAAAGUAUUUUUAACAAAGCCUAUGCAUAUUUAAUAGGUUUUAUUAUGUAAUUAGUCAUCUACUAAUAGUAGCAAGGGGUUGUACAGUGUAAGGGAUUGAGCAGCUGCUACUGAAAUCGAUGACAUAUGCUUCUGUGAAUUCUGCUGAUGACCUCAGGUCCACCUGAGGGUUUUAGUCAUAGGUCUGACUCUACCCAUGUGGAGGGGAAAAGGAGAACCUGCUAGGGGUCUAGGAGCAAGGGACUGCUGAGUAUAACUGCUAAGCCUGCAUCUGGCCUCACAGCUUUGGAGGAGUCACUUGGGACCUCAGUAGUUUAUGCACAUGAAUUCAGGAAAUGUGUUUGAAAAAACUAAGAUCCUACUCUGCUACAUUUUCUUGGUGUCUCAUGUCAGGGUUCCCACUGCAAUGAGCAGUGAGGUGCUAUACCUCCCUAUCUAUCAUCUCAGAUGCAGGGGGUCUCAUUUAGAGAACUUUCUAAAUGCAACUCAAAGCCUUCUUCUGCUUCAGGUUCUCCAAGUCUUUCAGAAUGGUAGGGUGUUCCUCACAGAGGAGAUUUUAGGUUUCAUCCAAUGAUAGAAGAUUCUAGACACAUUUUAGGGCAUCUAAAAUAAUCUAAAUUGGAAUGCAGCUGUUGAUUCAAUGGCAUGGGACCCCCACAGGUCCUGUGUCACACAUACUAAAUCUAGUCAGUUGUAUUAGAAACCAUAGGGUACCCAAAAGGACUCAUGUCUCACGAUGCCUAUGUGUAGAUGGUUGAACUUCUCAAUUGUCUGGUAAUGGUUUUCUGGCAAUUUCCUUCCCCCUCAGCUUGUGCUCGUGUGUACUCAAAAGGAAAAGGUCAUUCAUUUCCAACUCAGCCUCCAUGGUCCAUGGUGCCCUUCCCUUCAGCCUUCACUUGUGGUGAGGUUUGUCCUCAGGCAAAUGUGUAGCAGGGAUGUGUUGGAUAGUAGCAGGGAAAAGGGAAAGGAUAUCAACCAUCAAAGUAGCACAGAAGUAAAAAAUAAAAAUAAAGACACAUAAUUUAUUUCCUCUUACGUGCAGCUAUCCAGCCUUUCCUUUAGCUGAGCAGAUGGGCUUGAUGGGCCCCAUCAGUUCUGCAUCCAACCUCAUUCAAGUCAGCAGAGUUACAUGCGAGGGGUGAAUUUGGUCUCAUCUCUUUUCUUUCUGUGAAAGAAACUGAAAGUGUAGGAGCUUUUUAUUGUCUUGGUUUAGUUCUAGA